CCCUUUGCCCCAAGAAACUCACAAGCUACUUUGGGACCGUUUAUCUAAAAGCCAAAGAUAAAACCCUUUGUGGCCGAGCCUUCCUCAUAAAUCCUGGCCUGGAUUUGGCAGCCUUGGGACGGGAUUGCAUGUGUGUGUGUGUGUGGUGUGUGCAACUGACUCCCCGGCUUAUGUGAUAAACGGCGAGUUGGAGGUUGGCUCUUACAGAGUUCUGGAGUGUUUAUCUCGCUGGCAAAGUUGUGCAAGGCCUUUCAAGCAGCCACCAAGGGAGCAUGGAUGUGCCAGGCGGCAGAGCCCGGUUGGCAGGCAGCUUGGCAGCGAGUUCACAGCAGCGCUAAUUCUCCCAGGGUGGCUAAGAAGGAGGGACUGUUUAAAGUCCGCGGUCAAUCGGUUUCGCAAAGGAAAAGGGGAGCCAAGAGGAAGCUCGCCUCCCACACACCCUUUGCAGCCUCUGUUUUCAUUUUUCCAGCUGUGCAAAGAGCAAACGCCUCCAAGGGACCGAAAACUGGACCCAAGACCAGCCCGCAGACCAGCCACAGCCCUGCAUUUCAUGGUGCGAAUGUGGAGGGGUCCGCGCACUCAAAUCUCCCCCUGAAAAAUCCCAGCUGCAAGUCCUCACAGGGGACGAAGAAGAGCCACUACGUCUGUAAUCCCAGCCAUCGGUCGUAUGAUGAACUAAUCAGCCAGGCGGGUGAUAACCCUUCAGCCACACGAUGAGCCCCCUGUGGGGGAUGAGCACCCCCAUCUGUCCGUCAGUCCGACCCCCACAUCUGGAACUUGAACCGGGAAUCUCUCGCAGGUGCUUUCUGCACGGCUGACGCUGGAGAGAUCUCAAGAGCAGGAGCCCCUGGACCGCUGCUGGAGAGAGAAUUCUGGAACUGAGUCGUUGCUCUUCUUGUGUGUCCUUGAUCUUACUGUGCCUAGAGACGCAGCUGUCAAAUGAACAGGGGUUUAUGAGCUACCAAGCUAGCUGCCCCUCCGCCACUCUCAACCAACCCAGCUACUGCUGUCUGCUAAUAACCAGCCAUGAACUCCGGACAGUCUUCCCACCUCUUGGGCUGCCUCUUGAUGUUCGCGGCUGCUCUGGCCACAGAUCAGAUGCCAAGGCUAACCUUCCGGAAAGGGGAUUCCAGCCGAAUAGUUUUCUCAUUCCACCGAAAGGGGGUUCAGAAUUACGACACUUUUCUCCUGAGCAAAGACGGGGCAACUCUCUAUGUGGGAGCCAGAGAUGCUAUCCUUGCUCUUGACAUCGGCAGCCCUGACUCCAUCAGGCUGAAGGGUGAGAUACUGUGGGGCCCCACAGCCACAAAAAAGGUUGAGUGUGUCUUCAAGAAGAAAAGCAAUGAGACAGAAUGUUUCAAUUUCAUCCGUGUCCUGGUGCAGCUGAACGACACACACCUUUACGCCUGCGGGACGUACGCUUUCAGCCCCACCUGCACUUAUGUUGACCUGGAAAAUUUUACCCUGGCGACUGAUGUAAAUGGCAAACCUCUCCUCCUGGAAGGGAAGGGCAUUUGCCCCUUUGACCCUCAACAUCAGAAUACAGCAAUUGUAGUCGAUGGCGAACUUUACACGGGUACCAGGAACAACUUUCAAGGCAACGAGGCCAUCAUCACUCGCACCCUGGGCAGCAGGACUGUUUUGAAGACAGAUAACUGGCUGCAUGGUGAUGCAGCUUUUGUGGCCUCCUUCAACAUCCCGGUCGAUGACAAAGUCUACUUUUUCUUUGGGGAAACAGCUAAGGAGUUUGACUUCUUUGAGAAACUGACCGUCUCCAGGGUGGCUCGUGUCUGCAAGAAUGAUGUUGGAGGAGACAAGGUGUUGCAAAGGAAAUGGACCACAUUUCUGAAAGCUCAGCUGUCUUGCACCCAGCAGGGGCAGUUCCCUUAUACCGUCAUCCAACACAUGUUUGCCCUCCCACAGCCAGGAGGUGGUGCUGAUUUCUACGGUGUCUUCGGUUCUCAGUGGCAGGCAGGAAAUCUUGGGAGCUCAGCGGUGUGUGCCUUCAGGCACGAUGCUAUCAAAAAAGCCUUUGAUGGGAAAUACAAGGAGUUGAACAAGGACUGUUCCCGAUGGAUGACCUACAAUGGCCAGGCCAUGAACCCUCGUCCUGGCAGUUGCUCUGUCGGCCCAUCUUCAGACAAAGCUCUGACGUUCAUGAAAGACCACUAUCUGAUGGAUGAGAAGAUUGAGCCGACCCAUAACCAACCUCUGCUGGUGAAGCAAAACGUUAAAUACACCCGGAUUGUGGUGCACCAAACUCAGAACAGCUUGGGACAUCCCUACAACGUGAUGUUUCUUGGGACAGACAAAGGUGCCCUUCACAAAGCCGUGGUUGUCGGCACCGAGGCUCACAUCAUUGAGGAGAUCCAGCUGUUUGAGAAGCCAGAGGCGGUCCAAAACCUGCUGCUCUCCCCUGAAAAGGGGAUUCUGUAUGUGGGCUAUUCCACAGGAGUCCUGCAAGUGCCCUUGGCAAACUGCAGCAUCUACACCACCUGUGCCAACUGUGUUUUAGCGCGAGAUCCUUACUGCGGCUGGGAUGGGCAGAAAUGCCGAGAUAUCUGGGGUGCUACAGAGAACUUGAAUGACUUGGUGCAGAAUAUCGAGACAGGGAAGCCGGAUCCUGGGUGCCAGCCCAAGAGCGGAAUUGGCAGAGCCAUACCAAGGACUCGGAAUGGCCCUGAAAGCAGUUUGCUAACAAUUAUGACCGCUUCGUUCAACACCAUGGUGAGGCUGCCCUGCCCGCAGGCUUCUGCUCUGGCCAACUACUCGUGGAACUACCCAGACAGGAAGAUUCCGGACAGGCUGAUCCUAGAGGAUGACAAGGCCCUAGUCAUCAUUGUGCACGAGGAGACGUUGGGUCUCUAUGAGUGCUGGGCCAGCGAGAACGGCUACCAGCAAUCUGUGGCGCGCUACCACGUGAGGACCCACGACUCCCCUGCCAGGGUGGACAGAGCCCGCGAAUCCUAUGCUGACGGAGAGCCAGUGGGGGAGUAUCGCUCCUACUGGGUCCAGUUUGUCACUGUGACGGUGCUGCUGUCAAUGACCUUGGCCGUCGUGGUAGCGUUGGCCUUUUUCUCCUACCACGACAAGCUGAAAGCGAGGAGCAAAGUGCAGGGCUGCAGCAGCCUCCCUGACGCCAGUAAGGCCUCUGGGCAAGAGAAGGUCCCUCUCAACAGCAGCCAGAUCCCCCCGCAAAGCAGCGAAUACCAGAUGCAGGGCCCUUGCCAGGAAGCUGCCGACAGCUCCAAAACCUGCUGCGUUGAAGUGGGGGGACCCUUUCAGGACAUCGACGCUGACAACAACCGCUUGGACUCGGGCUUGGCCAACGGGGACGACUCUAGAGCGGUCGUGGCAGCGGAGGGGAUCUAGCCUGGCCUACCUUGUCCCCUGCCAGCUGUUGCCAGGAGCAACCGUUAGCGAUUGCAGCAAAUUCACACAGGCAACCUGACAAAGACAAAAAAACCAGAAGUCUUAGCACUACUGUGGUGCUCUUUUGAAACACCACCAGAAAACACAGAGUUACCUCUGAUUUCAGUAUUUCCCCCCUCCCUGUUUUCUGGUCUGUUCAAUGCCACGUAAAACCCAGGGCUUAGUGUUGCACCGCUGGCUGAAUCCCUGUCGUGCUUUCGUGUCCCCACCUCCAUCCAUCGGGUGCUGGGCCAGCAUCCCCAAACGUUCACUCACUGCCAAAUCCACAAACCUCUCUGUGAAGUUUUUACCAAAACCUGGAAUGCGGAGUCCCCUCGCUGACUCCUGGUCUCCAGAGCUGUUGGGUUUUGGAGAUGCUCAGGAGUGAAGGGCAGGUGUGGCAAGGAGUGGUUGGGUCAGGGCUGUUUGCUCCAGGGAGAGGUAGCAGCCUGGAUGUCAUGCAUCCUAGAUGACAACCAUAGAGAGAGAGGUUACAGAGGAUGUUACUGAGAGGGUGGCAGUUCUUAAGGUCACGGCGAUGCAAGACUGGGCUUCCUAUGCAGAAGGGCAGCUCAGUGAUCAUCGUGAGGCAGCUCUACAAAGUAUAGUGGCACUGUUGGGGCCGCAGAAUGGGGAUACUGAGAGGACAGAGCCACCGGGCAUUCUGUGCAAGGUUCCCUGGAGCAGAGGGGCCCUUGUGCGUUGUUGUGCCCAAUGUGGUUCUCGGUUUUCCUUUGCGAUUAAGCCAGGCCUGCCUCUGACUCGCAUUUGUGGAUGAAGAGGGUGUGGCAGGUCUCCAUUUUGCCUGCUUUAAAUUAAAAAGGAAACAAGUGGGUAGGUGGGAGGUGUUUGGAAGGUCUUUCUGUGUCCUGCAAGGAGCGCUCAGGAGCAGAGGAAAUAGCCUUACAGUGAGUCGGACCACUGGUCCGUCCUGCUCAGUAACACUGACUAGGGUAUCAGAAGGGGUGCUCUCAAUCCUAUGCAGAGACGUCAGGGACUGAGCCUGGGACAGAAUGGUCUGCCACUGAGCUGUGCCCUCUAUAGCUUACCUAAGGAGUCUUUCUCCACACCUUGCGAAACCACUAGAGGCCCCUUUCACCUGUUUGUAGCAGGUCUUCGUGCUCUGCCCUAUAAUAUACGUACUUGCGUAGCUGGGCCAUUGAAAUUCUGUGCCAAAAAGCAAAAGUUCGCUGCCACAAUUUUGGUCCUUUUUUUUCUUUUAAAAAGGCACAACAUGUUUGCAUAGUUUAUGUUGGUUUUCUGGGUUGAGUGGGCCAGGAGAAUUAGCUAUGCAAGGCCUGAAGGGUGUCUCCCCACCCCUUGAAAUCUUCCGCACAUACCUACCCCCCUCCAGCGUCUACGAUUUCCACAGGCAUCACUCACAUACUUUUUCAGGCAUGGCCUUUGCAACCAUAAGGACUAGAUUCUUGUCCCCCUUUCUACUUCCUAAAGCGGAACCUGUGAGUCUUUGAAAGAUGGUCCCUGCCCUCAGCAUACCACGUUCUCUGUACGUUCUUCCAGAACUAGAGCAUGCAACACAUAAGAGCUACCCACAUGUGGAGGCCAUUUUAAAUUGCUUGGGUAAAGCGGUGGGCUCCCUUACACCAUGGGUGGGCAACAUGGUGCUACGGGUGAUAGGAAUUGUAGUCUAACCACACUUGGAAGGCACCACAUUGGCUAUACCUACCCUGCAGCUUGGGCAACUUCCACCAUCUUCUUUGCUGUGAUGUAGCACCAAUUGUCUGAUUCCAUGUGGGAUACUCUCCUUACGGGAACAACUCCCCUGUAAGGCGGUUUUAUUCUGGCAGCCAAUUGGUCCUCAUGCUGAUGCUUACUGUGAGAAGACUCACUGCUAACUCGUCCCCCUUUUCAGUUGCAAAGUGCUUUACAUGCGUUUGGCCUCACAGCCCCCCCGUGAGGCAGGUCAGUAUUAUUCCUCUUCGACACGUGGGCAGCAAAAGGAGUUUGCCCAACGCCCUGCACAGAGCCAAAUCGCGUCUCCGCUUGACACAGGUGCCUUGGCUGACUUGGCAGAGGGAUGCCUGAGGGGACUCCCCCUUCCCCAUUUGCUUUUCUCCUCCUCCAAAGUCAGCCAGAAGUCUUGGCUCCUGGAACUGAGCCUACCGACAACUCCUUAGAAGUUUUUUUUGUGCGCCCCCCCCCCAAUAUCUUUCUUUCCCCGUGUAUGUUGCUCUGCUGACCUCUAGUGAGCAAAACUGCAUUCACAGACGCUUUCAAGCCUUCCUUUUGCUCCUACAACUUUCCUCUGUUGACCUAUUUGCUCUGCUUGUGGACAGACCUUGGUUGCUGGAGGAAGGGAGGUGUGUGAAACUAAAUUUGUCCCGAGUUCUAGGCCUGUCUGUACUGCCAUUGCCUUGGGCAUGCAAAACUACUUGCAGUAUUCCUUGUUUUAGAAUUGCAUUGUUUUUGUUGGUCUAAAAGAAGAAUUAUUUGAAUUGGAGACUUCCAAGGUCCAGUGAUUCUGCUAGCGUGCUAAUGCUCUGGACUCAGCGAUGUGGACAUGCCUCGUAGGAAGACACAAACGUUGCCACUGAAGGCUGUUUCAUGUGUUAUACAGUAGCAACCAACUGUACACUUUGGGGAGAGGAAAGGCUUGCUCCACGAUGACCAUACCUGCACGAUUAAUCUUUUAGCAAAUAAAAGUCUUUGUCGUGUCCAUGUUUUGCCUUUUUAGGUGUGUCUUUAAAACGUCUUUGGCCUGCACUGAAGAAAACAUGUUGUAUGAAGAGGACCUGAGUUCGAAUGGCGCGUUGUUUCUUCCAAGCAGCAGCUAUUGGCAUGCCUUGUACACACCUUUCCUCUUUGUGUGUACAUAUAUGUGUCUGUGUGUCUUUGUAUGCAAGAGAGUGAUGUUCUUAACUGUUGUGUUGGAGUGGCACCUCUCCCCAAAGGAGGGAUAGGUGGGAAAUCCUAGUCGGUACACCUUCUCACCAGCUAAUUAAUUUAACUAUAUCAAUUGAUAAUUGGCCAUUGAGUUGUGGGGGAAGCGAAAUCUUUAAACGUAUACUUUAAAAAACAACUACAGGUACUGCCCUAAAUGUUUUAAUGUGACCGAAGUGGAAUCUAGGAGACUUUUCCCAGAGGAAGGAAUAUUUAUAUCGCUUAGUCUGUCCCCACAACUUCUCAGGUUUUUGCCUAUUUAUCCUUCCCUUCUGAAGAAUAAGCAAAAGGACUCCCAUGUUUGCAGAGCCAUCAAAUUGCGGAGUUGGAACCAUCCACUCCAACCCCCUGCAAUGCAGGAUAUCACAGCUCUUUGCACACACCAUACUGCUGCUGUGUACACACUAUAUACCUAGAAUCCUGGGAACUGCAGUUUACACCUCAGAGAGCUACAAUUCCCAGCACUCUUAACUGCAGUUCCCAGGAUUCAUUGGGGGGGGGGAGGGUGUCCAUUAAAUGUGUGGUGUGUACACAGCCGGUGGCGAGUUGAGAGAGUUGCUCAUCACCAAAUAAGGAGGAUUUUUAAAGAGCUGCUUUUGCUUCCCAUGCUCCUUGAGAUCCAGAUGAUGCCCCCCUCCUCACCCCCACAACAAAAUUCAUUUUACCAAGAUGGGGGGGGGGAUUAUGGCGCUAUCAGCUGCUGUUAAGUUGGAGUGGCUGAGGCUGGAGAGAGAGAUAAAAUUGUCAUUUUCUGUGGUAGCCUUUGCCUCAUGCCUUCUGGAUGUUUUGGACUCCCAGCUUCAUGCUUUUCCUGGCUGGGGCUGAUGGGAGUCGGAGUCUGAAAUGGCCACUCUGUCAGGGGCUGGUUAGAGUCCAAAACAUCUGAAAGGCACCAGGUAAGCAAAGGCUGGCAUGCACAGGUACACAUUUCUUCCCCAGUUGCCUCUGGUCAAACAGACGUUUGAAAACAGGAAAAUAAAAUAAAAUAAACUAUUUUCUGCUUGGCUGGAGCCAGAAAUGUGGAGCACCUCAAGCAAGGACCCCCCCUUUCAAAUUGCUCUUCAGAAAAACACAUAACCUCUCUCCAGCCUGAUUUGAUCUCCUCAGUGGAGGAAAAUGCAUGUCCAACAGGGUGUUUUGUCUGUUGUUCAUUGUGUUGUUUAUAACUUGUUUUUUUAAAUGUGUUUAUAUGUACUAUUUUUAUUAAAAGGUUUGAUGCAUUGUGG